AGAAUAUCAAUAAAACCAGAAGUAUGUUCUUUGAAAAGGCUAAUACAAUUGACAAAAUUCUAAUGAGACUAGGAAAUAAAAAAAGGGAAGGUACAAAUAACCAGAAUCAGAAAUGAAAAAAGAUUGUCAGAGAGGUGACUAAAGUAGGAGGAAAAAUUUAAAAACAAGAAAAACAAAAAGAAAAAAAAAGAACCAUGACUAGAGCUCUCACAGAUAUUUUAAAAGAUAGUAAAAGAUUUUAUGGACAACUUUAUAUAAACAAUUUUUUAAUGUUUAGUUUAAAGGAACACAAUACUAGAAAAACAACUACUUAUCACAACUAUUGUAAGAGGCCGAAAACUGUAAAAGGAAAACAAUUUUGAGUAAAACAGAAAUUUGAACACUGGUGAUAUUUGACUAUAUUAAAGAACUAUCUUUUAAGUGUGAUGAUGGUGUCGCGGUUGUGUGUGUGUUUUUUAAGUCCUCACUUUUAACAGAUUCAAAGUGAAACGUUUAUAGAUGAAAUGAUGAAAUGAAUUUUGCUUCAAAAAUAAUACUUGAUGCUGCAGACUCUGCCCUAUGCCUGUACAUACACAGCAUGGUAACUUUGUUAAUAUUUAGGGUUAACACUCGCCACCUCAAAAUUUAAAACAAAGUCAACCAAACAACAAAAAUCCCUCACCAACUCGAGUCGCUCUCCUCCUCUUAUCAGGGCAAGGCUGAGAGGCCCCUAAGUGAUCCGGAUAAGCAAUCAGAGACUGUCCCUCACCUGAGGGCCUCAGGCCUUUCCCUGCCAUUUCUCCUGGGAACCAAUCAUUGAGCUUGGCGUUGGACUUGGAACCAAUCAGGGAUCUCAGCUCUGGGGCCUCCUCUCUCACGUCCGCGCAGGCUUGGCGACGCCAUGUUUCAAGGGCAGCGCGGUUGGUUUUGCCGCAGCGUUAGCCGGGAUCUGAGGCAAUUCUGGGUGACUGAAGGGGGGACGAUCAGUGACCCGCGAGCCGCCGACUUCUUGUUCAGCUGUGAUGCCUCGCACCCAGACACGCUGAGAAUAUAUCAGAGCCUUGAUUACAUAGAAGAUAAUGCUACAGUUUUUCAUGCCUACUAUCUCUCUGCAGUAGCUAAUGCCGAAAUAAAAACCUCGGUGGCUUUGGGUCAUUUCAUUCUUCCUCCUGCUUGCCUGCAUAAAGAAAUAAGAAGAAAAAUUGGUAGUUUUAUUUGGGAACAAGACCAACAUUUUCUGAUAGAAAAGCAUGAUGAAGUAACACCAAAUGAAAUAAAGAUCCUUAGGGAAAACGGUGAACUAGCAACAGAGCACAAAAAAGAAUUAUCCGAAAGCCCAGAAAAGCAUUUUAUAAGAACUCCAGUUGUAGAAAAGCAGAUGUACUUCCCUCUACAGAAUUACCCAGUUAACAACAUGGUAACAGGUUAUAUAUCAAUUGAUGCCAUGAAGAAAUUCCUUGGGGAGCUACAUGACUUCAUUCCUGGAAGCUCAGGGUAUUUGGCAUAUCAUGUUCAAAAUGAAAUUAAUAUGUCUGCUAUAAAAAACAAAUUGAAGAAGAAAUAUUAAAUUAAAUUGUAAAUAUCUUGGCAUUUAUUUUCUAUAAAAUAUUAUCGAGAUGUGCAUAACGUAAAAUGCUCCCUUUUGGUACUGGGGGAUAGAGAAGUGGGAAAGAAUUUUUCUGUUUCUCAAAAUAUGUCUUUAGGAAAUUCAGAAUCAUUUUGGUUCUGUGUUUUCACAUUUGGGCUGGACUUUUUUUUCCCUAGCUUAUAACAAUAUGUUCAAAUAUUCUCAGUGCACAGUUGUUAAGGAGUAAUUGUCAUUAAAAUAUAUUUCAUGAGAAGUCUCAAUCUCAAACUCUCCAUUUCUCAAUCCUCCUCCUCCUCCUCUCUCUCUCUUUCUAUUUCUCUCUUUCUCUUUUCCCUCUCUCUUUUUCUCCUCCCCUUCUCUCUCCUCUUUCUCUUUCUGUCUGUCAAAUGCUCUUUUGGCUUUAACAUUCUAUUAAUUAUAUUUUUUCUAGAUUGAAUACUGUGAAUGCUAAUUUUUAUGAUUCUGGUCAUCUUAUUUUGAUUUAAAAAAUCAGGAUGCUAGCUGAGUUCAGAAUUACUGUUUCUGACUUGAAACAUAUGGAGAAAAAUAUUUUAAUAAUUCAUAUUUCAUGUUGGAUGGUUUCUCAUAAUAAAUAUUUGAAAAGUGACUUAA